AAAACUUUUCCAGAAGUUUGCAUCCGUCAGAAAGAGACAAGCGGAAGAAAGACAAGAAAAUGACACAUUAAUCAUAACAUAAAGUCAGUAAACUCUGUGAAAUACUUUCUCAUGGCUUAUUUUAUGGUGAAUGAGGGCUUACGAUGAUACAGUUUUCCAACGUCUUAAUAAUGUAGAGACCCCGUUUGGAUCUAAGGUCUUUGGAAAAGCUUUCCUGCUCCUGCGGCUGCCGUCUCCUCCAGGCUGCUGUACAGGGGGCUCCAGAGCGGACAAUGACCGACCGAAGACGGGCUGCCGCUGCCCUCAGUUCCAGAGCUCAUGCCUUUUCGGUGGAGGCCUUGAUUGGGACAAAUAAGAAGAGAAAACUAAGAGAGUGGGAGGAAAAAGGCUUGGAUUUGUCCAUGGAGAACCUCAGCCCCAAUGGCCAGUUGCAGGGCGACAGUGAGGAUCCGACACAGUGUUUGGAACUCAGUGCUGACUCUGAGCAGAGUACUGGCUCCGACACAGAGGGUCUAUCACAAAGGACGUCAUGUUCAUUCAGCUCCCAUUCUGAACUGCCUCCUGCCUCUUCAGAGUCCUCACCCCCAUCAUCUAUGGAUGAGAUCCAGGUAGACUUGCAGUGUGCUGAUUUGUGGAAAAGGUUCCAUGACAUUGGUACAGAGAUGAUCAUCACCAAAGCUGGCAGGAGGAUGUUUCCAGCAAUGAGAGUGAAAAUAACAGGCUUGGAUCCUCAUCAGCAGUACUACAUUGCAAUGGAUAUUGUACCCGUUGAUAAUAAAAGAUACAGGUAUGUGUAUCACAGCUCAAAAUGGAUGGUGGCAGGAAAUGCAGACUCCCCGGUUCCCCCACGAGUCUAUAUCCAUCCAGACUCACUGGCCUCCGGAGACACCUGGAUGAGACAAGUAGUUAGCUUUGAUAAGCUCAAGCUGACAAACAAUGAAUUAGAUGACCAAGGGCAUAUAAUUCUUCACUCUAUGCAUAAGUAUCAGCCACGGGUUCAUGUAAUUCGAAAGGACUUUAGCAAUGAAUUAUCACCAACAAAGUCGGUUCCUUCAGGUGAAGGAGUGAAGACUUUCAGUUUUUCUGAAACAGUAUUCACCACUGUUACAGCGUACCAGAAUCAGCAGAUUACCAGAUUAAAAAUUGAUCGGAACCCUUUUGCAAAAGGAUUCAGGGAUUCAGGGAGAAACAGAACAGGACUUGAAGCUAUUAUGGAGACAUAUGCCUUCUGGAGGCCACCUGUACGUACCCUUACCUUUGAAGAUUUCACCAAUAUGCAGAAGCAGCAAGGAAGCAGUACAGGAACAUCACCAACAACAUCCAGCACAGGAACCCCUUCCCCCUCAGCAUCAUCACAUCUUCUCUCACCAUCAUGUUCCCCACCAACCUUUCACUUGGCACCCAAUACUUUUAAUGUUGCUUGCAGAGAAAGUCAAAUAUGCAACUUCAACCUGUCUGACUAUCCUGCAUGUGCCAGAGGUAAUAUGGCUGCUUUGCAGAGCUAUCCAGGACUGAGUGACAGUGGCUAUAGUAGGCUACAGAGUGGAAACACUUCUGCUACUCAGCCUAAUGAAACAUUCAUGCCUCAGAGGACUCCAUCUUUAAUCUCAGGAAUGCCUGCUCCUACAUCUUUGCCAAGCAACAGCAAAAUGGAUACCUAUGGUGGUCAGCUGGGAUCAUUUCCUCCUUCUCAGUUUCAGUAUGUUAUGCAAGCAGGAAAUCCAGCAUCUAAUUCAUCAUCUCCACAUAUGUUCAGUGGUGGUCACAUGCAACAGAGCUCUUAUAAUACUUUUUCUCUUCAUAAUCCGUACAAUAUUUAUGGGUAUAACUUUCCAGCAUCCACAAGGCUUGCAGCAAGCCCUGAGAAACUGGCAUCAUCUCAAAGCACUUUACUUUGCUCUUCAUCUCCCAGCAGUGCCUUUGGAGACAGGCAGUACCUGUCAGCUGGUAUGGAUGGAAUGCAUAUGAUUGGGACUCCUUCAGCAAACCAACAGAACCCAAAUACAUGUGAUACUAGGCAAUAUGGAACUGUAGCAGGCUCGUCUGCACAGAUGUCUGUGCAUAUGGUUUAAACUGGAUUAUUUUCCUCCUGAAUGUUCCCUACCUCUUAGACAGGGCAGUUUUCUUCAUCUGGAUAUUUUGAAAAGAAGACACAGCUAAUAUGAAACCUUAGAAAAUUCAG